UGUAUUUUCAGCUUCCUAAACAUGCAUUCUAUAUUCUCUUCACAAAUCUACAUUUUCAUUUUCUUUCCCCUUCAAGCACACACAGUCUCACUGUAACCCUCUCUCUCUCUCUCUCUCUCAAGAAACCAAUUCCUUCUCCUCGAGAUUUCCAAUCCCCGGAAUCUCCUCUCCGAGAAGACCAAAGAAAUUAAAAAAGGAAUUUCAAAUCUCAGUCUGCCAAAUCUCUUACGCUUCUGUAACUGUAACAAGAAAAGAUAAUAAUAAUAAAUAAUAAUCCUAUGUUUUGAGCUAAAGCUUGCGUUGAGAUCCGUUGACUGUAAAGCUUACAGUCUUAGCUUUUACAGAUAUUAUUAUUGGGAUUUCAAGCGUUUUCAAAAUACAAAAUUAGGUUGGUAUGAAUGAAGAUGGUAUUCAAAUCGAAGAUAAAAUGGAUAGCUUUGUUAGUGCUGAUACUAUCGACGGGAUCUCUUGUCAUUCACCUCUCUAUAACCAAGUUCUCGAGCUCCAGUUUGGUAUCUUAUGCUCCAAAGAAGGAGUCCGGUCUCGAUUUCCCUCCUUUAUCAGAGACGCAGAGUGUUGGAUAUAUUAGAAAUAAGAAGUUAUGGGGGGUUGUGAAGUCCUUAGAGUCAUUGCAGCCUUAUGCCAACCCAAGAAGCAGCUACCCAGUUCCAAAUGAAAAGAACAAUGGUUAUAUUUAUGCAAAAAUUUUUGGUGGAUUUGAGAAGAUAAGAUCUUCGAUCUGUGAUCUUGUCACCAUAUCCAGGCUUCUAAAUGCUACUCUUGUCAUUCCAGAGUUUCAAGAAAGUCUUCGUUCAAAAGGCAUUAGUAACAAAUUCAAGAGUUUUUCCUAUCUCUAUGAUGAGGAGCAGUUCAUUGCAUCGCUCAAAAAGGAUGUAAUCGUUGUGAAGAGCCUGCCUGACAAUUUGAAGGCAGCUAGGAAAAGGAAUGAGUUCCCAACAUUUAAGCCCAAAAGUACUGCUUCUCCAAAUUUUUAUAUCAAAGAAAUUCUGCCUAAGUUGAAGAAAGCCAAGGUUAUUGGAUUGGUGCUUGCUGAUGGAGGAUGCCUACAGUCAAUUCUUCCACCUAGCAUGUAUGAGUUUCAGAGGCUUCGAUGCAGAGUUGCGUUUCAUGCUCUCCAAUUUAGGCAGGAAAUUCAGUUGCUUGGUCACCAGAUGGUUGAUAGGUUAAGAGCAUGGGGUCAACCUUUCCUUGCAUUUCACCCUGGUUUGUUGAGGGACACAUUGGCAUAUCAUGGUUGUGCAGAACUUUUUCAGGACGUUCACACUGAACUCAUACAAUAUCGAAGGGCACAGUUGAUCAACCGAGGAAUCCUUAAUGAAGAACUUAGUGUAGAUUCACACUUGCAUAGAGAAAAUGGGUCAUGCCCUCUCAUGCCGGAAGAGGUUGGACUUCUCCUCCGAGCAAUUGGCUAUCCACCCAAAACUACAAUAUACAUGGCAGGUUCUGAAGCCUUUGGUGGUCAACGUGUUCUGAUCCCUCUUCGAGCCAUGUUUGCUAAUGUGGUAGAUCGCACUUCAGUGUGCAGCAAGCAAGAGUUGUUCAACUUGGUUGGUCCUGAGAGACCUCUUUCUGAAGAUUCCUUUCAAGUACCUCCUCCCAAAAGUGAGAAACAACUUAAGGAAGAAUGGAAGAGGGCAGGUCCUCGGCCUCGGCCUCUUCCUCCACCUCCAGACCGGCCCAUCUAUCAACAUGAGAAAGAAGGCUGGUAUGGUUGGAUCACUGAGACUGAAUCUGAACCAGACCCUUCACCAAUGGAUUUAAGAAGGCAGGCACACAGGUUACUCUGGGAUGCUCUUGAUUACAUCGUCUCUGUGGAAGCAGAUGUAUUUUUUCCUGGUUUUAAUAAUGAUGGAAGUGGGUGGCCAGAUUUCUCAAGCUUGGUCAUGGGACAGCGGCUAUAUGAAAGUGCUGCCUCUAGAACAUAUCGACCAGACUGGAAAGUCCUUGCAAAGUUUUUCAACAUUACCCGCAACGAUAUGUAUCAUCCCAAGCAUAAUUGGACACUCUCAGUGAGGGAACUUCUCAACAAAAGCUUGGGUGAAGAUGGCCUAAUCAGGCAAUCCCUUUUGUCGAAACCCUUGUCAUUUCUUUCGCAUCCCCUCCCUGAAUGCUCUUGUAGAAUUUCAUCUGCCGAGUUUCAAACUCCGCUAGAAGGUGUUGAUGGCCGAUACCUAUAUGGAGGUGAGGAUGAAUGCCCAGAAUGGAUGCAGCAUGGACAGGAAGCUGUUCCCUCAGAGUCAGUGGGGACAGAAGGUGCUAAAAAUGAUGAUAAUGAAUCUGAAUAUGAGAAUGAGGUGGUUCAAAAAGAACCUGAUGACACUGGUGGUCGGAGUAGUCUGACUCUGCCUAUGGAUCAGGAUGAUGAAUGGGACCCUAACGACUAGAAGUAGAUUUGGAAAUGAUAUUGACUUCUAUUGUGAAGUUGGUACUUGCUUUUUGGCCGUAUCUUCUGGAAUCAGAAAUUUUGGGGAAGAGAUGACAUUCGAAGAUCAUUUUCAUGUCACAGCUCCAACUUUGGGCACUUUGAGGGAAAUAAAUUCAGAUUUAUUCUUUCUUAGUAGAUUUUGAGGACUCAUUCAGUCACAGAAUCACGCAGCAUACUUUUUGAACACCACAGCAGCGAGAAUGAUCGAUGUGGUCCAGACUAGUUGAUUGCAGCCAGUAUUCAAAAUGAUCUUGCAUCAUUGAAGAUGUUUAAUCGUGGGGAGGCUGGAGUGGAUGUUGUAAUAUGGCAGCUUGAAGUCAGUUCCACUUGAUCUUUUGAGUAGUGAUUUGUUCUGUUUCUUGUAAACCCCCAUUUCUUGCCAUGAGUGUAAAGUUGUCUCGAAAGGAAGUCAAUUAAGAUAAUUUUUUCAUUAUUAUAAUUAUAAUGCUGCUUCAUUGUUGA